GUCAGCUACAACGCUCCCUUCCCUUGCUUCCCAUGCCAUGGACGCAGCCAUCGAAGCUGCCCGCCGUGCCUCCGCCCAUGCCAUGCUCGCGCCCACGCGCCCGCACGGCCAGCGCGGUGGCCGGGCGGGCAGGAGUGUACCAGCGGCCGGUGCUCGUCGCGUGGCAGGGACCGCACCGGUGCAGCGGGCGCGGGGUGGAGACCGCCGCUGGUCUCCGGAGGAUGAAGGAAGCCUCUCCAGUGUCAAGGGCAGAGAACACGAAGAGAGCAUUUUCCUGGAUACCGUCUCCACGGAGCACUGCUCGCGGCGCGAGCCGCCAGUGCGAGCAGCUCACCCGUCGGAGUGGGCUCCUCCGUUCCCGAUCGACGCGGCGCUGCCACCGCUGCCACCGCUGCCACCGCUGAGCUUUGAGCUCCGGAAUUGGCUGCUGGCCCUGGAGCGCGCGAAGGCGCCGCCGCCCGCACCGCACGCGCACGAGCCGGCGCAGCGGCUCGCGCACGCGCGGGAGCAUGCGCAGCGCUCUCCGUCCGCCUAUCCCUCUUGCCAAUCCACUGCUUCCCUGAAGGAUUCAGAGGCGCGAGCUGAGCAGGAUGCUGCGAUUGCCCAGUUGCGGGAGGAGGUGCGUGCAUUGGCGCAGGAGCGGGAUGCCACGACGCAGCAGCUGCAGGAUCUUCGCGAUCAGCUACACCUGCUCCAGCGUCGCUCGGCGGCCACGGAGGAGGCCCUGCACGCCGAGCGCCAAGCGCGGGCAGAGCUGGAGGAAGAGCUGCGGGCGGCACGCGCGGCAACCCCGGGUCCGCGCAGUGAUCAGCUCCAAACCUCGCCGGAGGGCGGCAUAGCGGAGGAAGUGCCUGACAUGCUCGAAGAGGCGGAGCCAAAGGUGAAGGUGGAUUUGCGCCCAGCGCGGGGGAAGAUGAAAACUCUACUGCGUGCCAACACCUUCAUCCGCCGGGUUCAGAACCUGGUUGAGCAUUUGGAUGAGCGGGACCAAGAGAGGUGAAGGACCGUGGUGGCGAAGUGAAGGACAGCUUUGAUUGGCCUUCGUCGGGACGCUCCGAAAGCCUCGUGCUGUAGUAACUGUUCUCAUGGAUGGUUGACUGUUUCAUGAGGCCCCCCAGGAGUUCACAGGAGUCUCCUGAUGGCAACGGCUGAAGACGCCCUCUUUUGGCUUUUGAGGCUUCCAAAGAUGAGCCUUGACUGUCUGUGGAGCGCAGAAUCGACAUUUGGGCAGCAUAGUUUUGGCCCUGGCUGAUGUUGUUUUCUGGUUUGUUGGUUGGC